AUGACCUCCGCCGCCAUCCACGCCGUCCUGCGCCGCCGCGCCAUGGCCGACGACCGCCUCGGCUUCCUCGGCCUUGGCGGCGGGGACGACGACGACGCAUACUGGGCCUCCCCGCCGCGCCUCUACGACUUCUCCAAGCACCAGCUCAAGGACGACACGCCGCCGCAGGAGCUGCCGCCGCGCCUCUACGACUUCUCCAAGAACCAGCUCAAGGACCACACGCCGCCGCAGGACCUGCCGCCCGCGCCCUCCCCGCCGCGCCUCUACGACUUCUCCAAGAACCAGCCCAAGAACGAGACGCCGCAGGAGCUGCCGCCGCCCGUGCCCUCCCCGCCGCGCCUCUACGACUUCUCCAAGAACCAGCUCAACGACGAGACGCCGCCUCCCGCGCCCUCUCCGCCUCCUCCUUCGCCAAAGUCAGACCUUCCGCCUCCGCUUCUACCGGCGCCGGAGCCUGCACCACCGACCGCGCCCGCGCCCGCGCCGUCCCCGCCUCCUCCUUCGCCGGCCCCGAGGCCACCGUCCCCGCCGUCACCGACGCCGAGCGACGCCCACCUCUGCCUCCUCGCGCUGCAGGGCACCGGCGUCAGCUGGGGCGUCCGGAAGCGCGUCCGCUACGUCCACCGCGCCGCGCGACGCGCCCACGCUGCCCUCGCACCGCCCCGCGCCCAGAGCGCGCUCGAGGCGGCCGCGGCGUUCGUGGCGCAGGCCGACGGGGAGAGCUCGAGCAACGCCAAGACGAGGGACCACCCCGAGCCCAAGGUCAAGGAGGAGGCCGAAGCGAGCGGCGAGGCCGAGGGCGAGCGCACGGAGGCGGCGGCCGUGGCGGAGAAGAAGAAGAAGCGGAGGAGGAAGCCGGGAUGCGGCCGCUUCUGGUCCAGGAAGAGGGCAAGGCAGGCGAGGAAGCCGACCGCUUCCAAGCUCGACCCCGUCGCGCCGCCUCGCGCCGUGGCCACCGAGGAGGGAGCGGAGGAGGGCAAGGAGGACGUGGAGCGCCUCAAGGUGUAUGUGAGGGAGAGGAAGCGGAAGGAAGGAGAUAGAGCGCGAGGUGCCGUCGCCAAGCGUCCCAGGAAGGUUCUGCUGCCAAAGAAGGAGGAGGAGGAGGAAGCGGUGGUGGUGGAGGAGGACGAGCGCAGGGUGGCCAGGAGGACGGAGGGGAAGAGGAGGAAGGAUGGCCGUGCCCCCAACAAGUUCCUGCCCAAGAAGGAGGAGGAGGAGGAGAGCGGCCAGGACGAGCGCAAGGCGGUGGUGCUUGUCAAGAAGAGCACGCGCCAGAAGGAGGAGGAGGAGCCGGAGACGAAGCCCGACAACAAGCUCGUCAAGGUGGAGGAGCCCGGCGGCAAGGGGCGCGGCGCCAUGGUGGACCGGUGGUCGGCGCGGCGCUACUUCGCGGCCGAGGCGGCGCUGCUCGGCGUCGUGCGCUCCCUGGGCGCUCGCGUCGGCCAGCCGGUCCAGCGCCGCCAGCUGCGGGAGGAGGCGCGCAAGCUCAUCGGCGACACGGGCCUCCUCGACCACCUCCUCAAGCACACCAAGGACAAGGUGGCGCCCGGCGGCGCCGAGCGGCUGCGUCGGCGCCACAACGCCGAGGGCGCCAUGGAGUACUGGCUCGAGCCGGCUGGGCUCGCGGCCAUGCGGCGGGACGCCGGCGUCGCCGACCCGUACUGGGUUCCGCCUCCUGGCUGGAAGCUCGGAGACCCCGUGUCGCCGGACGCCUGCGCACUGGUGAUGAAGAGGCAGGUGCAGGAGCUCGCCACGGAGCUCGCCCAAGUAAAAAGGCACAUGGAGCAGCUCAUGAAGGCACAUCCAGGCACAUUGAGCAAUGAUGUGAAAUCUGAGACCGUCAAGGCCUACAUUCCUCAUGAGCCUUAUCAGGAGAAGUAUGGGUGUAUGGUGAAGGCCAAUGACAAUCUGGAGAAGCAAGUUAUGUCCUUGGAGGAGAAGUAUGCGAGCGCGGCACAGGCGAAUGACAAGCUGGAGGAGGAGGUUUUGUUCUUGAAGGAGAAGUAUGAGGCUGUUGUUGAGAAGAACACCAGGCUGGAGGAGCAGAUGACUGCCCUGUCCACUUCUUUCCUGUGUCUCAAGGAUGACCUGCAGUUUCUGAACGAUGGAGAGCAGGAGCAGCACCUGCAACUGAUGGAAGCAGAACAGGCUGGUCCUCUUCGUCUGUGUGCCAAGGAGUCCAGCGAAGCUGAGAAGCAAGAGAGCAAUGCCGACCGUGAGGCACCGGCUGCUGCCUUGGCCGUUGUCGGUGCAGGCGACCAGCUCGCUGACAAUGAUACCAGCAGCGGUGCCGGCGGGAAGAGGACGUCGAGGAAGUGCAUCGUGCGGAUCUGCAAGCCGCAGGGGGCGUUCCGGUGGCCGGAGGCGGCGCCGCCGUCGUCGCCUGCGACCCCGAUGGUGGUCAUGAACGACGAGGAGUACCUGACGGAUGGCGGUCUGGAGCUCCCGUCCACGCCGCCGUCCGCCUCCUCCACCAACGCCUCAUCCUCGAAGCUCCUGCUCCUGCCCGCCCCGGACUCGCCGGUCCAGCCACCUCUACCACCGUCGGCCAACUGCAGCCCCAGGGACGUCGACAUCCAGCUCCAGGCGUCAGCGCAGCCUGGCUCCGGCCCUGACCUGCAGCUCCGGCACGCGGUGCAGGACUCGUCGUUGCCGCUGCCGUGCGGUGCCAAUGUCGGCGUGGGCACUGAGCUGGCCCUGGCCACCCCCUCGUACUGACUGAGCUCCCAAUCAAUCAAGUUUUGCCUCCCCAUCACCAUCACCAGUAACAAGAUAGUACUACUAGACAGGGAACAGGAAGUUCAAAGAGGAAGAAAGAUAGAUCACCAGUUCACCACCACUGAUCAGCUUAGGCGUUUACUUCUCCAGUACAACUUUUUCUUUCUGAUUGUAGCUGAGGCGCUCAGCUUUGUUGCUGUUUGAUACUGUCGCC